GGAAGGUACCUUCGUGCCCAGAAGAAGCCGCAGCCAUCGCAAAAUCCCCAAAUCCUCGGCGGAGAGGGAGAGCCGGAGAGAGGGGCGCAGCCAGAGAGGUCGGAGAAGGGGAAGAAGAUGGUGCGGGUGGCGACCUACUUCGCGAUGACCUUCGGGGCGUUCCUCUUCUGGCAGUCCAUGGACAGGGUCCACGUCUGGAUCGCCCUUCACCAGGACGAAAAGAAAGAGAGGAUGGAAAGGGAGCUGGAGAUAAAGAGAAUGCAGGCAGAGUUAAUGGCCCAAGCUAAAGAGAAUGAAUCAUGAUUAUCAUUUGGCCAAUUGUUUCAGGCAAUUCCUUUGUCAUAUUUCCUCUGCUGUAUUUCCAAGUGAUAUCUUGACUGAUGUAUGCUCGACACUUCUAAUAAAGCGAGAGAUGCUAUAACUUUGUUGAAUUCAACGGGUAUGCUCAUCUUGAAUUAUUGUAACUUAGUACAGCUGCAAGAACCUGAUCCAGCUUGCUUGGGACAAAAGGGUUUGCUGCCAUUUUUGUUGUUAUUUCAAAACAACACAACUCAACUCUCAGAUUUUUUUUAUCUGGUUAUAAGGUGUUGUUUUGUACUGAGAUUUCAUUGUUCACUUGAAGAAACCUGUGCUGGAAACCA